AUGGUGCACCAGGAGAAACGCGUUUACCAGGCCCAGAGAAACGAGAGAGAGUCCAUCAGGCAGAAACUUGCCCUUGGCAGUUUCUAUGACGACGAGCCUGUCAUCUACACCAGCUGCAGCAAAAACGGCCCAUCCUCCCGGCUGCAGGGCGGGGUUAACCUUCAGGUGUGUUUUGUCAAUGACAGCAACAGUGACAAAGACAGCGAUGCGGAGGACAGCAGGACCGAGACCAGUCUGGACACACCGCUUUCACCUGUGAGCAAGCAGAGCUCUUCGUUGUCAGACCGGGACACGGCAGAGGAGGACUCGGACCCGUUAGAUGACUGCAGCGGGUUCUGGCGGGUGCAGCGGAGACUGCAGGAGGAGGCCAGGGUGGCGCUGGCCCUAGCUCGACCCAUGGCCCGCAUGCAGGUGGAGGUGGAGAGGCAGAUACAGCUGCACAGACGCUCGCCUGUGGCUGACAUGCUUCCCCAUUUGCCUCACAUCAGCGAGUGCUUGAUGAAGAGGAAUUUGAGGCGAGGGGACAUGAGGGACAUGAGUCUCGGACAGCUGCAAGUCAUCACAAAUGACCUACACUCACAGAUCCAGAGUUUGAAUGAAGAGCUGGUGCAGUUGCUGCUUAUGAGGGAUGAGCUACAUGUGGAGCAGGACGCCAUGCUGGUGGACAUAGAGGACCUCACCAGGUGA